CUCUCUCUCUCUCUCUCUCAUCGCUUUUUCCCCUUCCCUAACCCUCUUUCUCUCCUCUCUCCCUUUCCCUCUUCUCUUUUUCACCAUCUUCUCUCCGUUGCUCCUGCCCAGCCAUUGCCGAGCGCCCUUCGUUAUCUCCUUUCCCCCCCUUCUCCUUCUCUUUCCCCCGCGCCUCUCUUCUCUCGCCGUCUUCCCCUGUCCGCCCUCGCUAAGCGCGGUCGGCCCAAGUGCUGCACAGGCUGAAAUCCUUCCUCAGCGGCUUCUAAACCUGGGAAUGUAUAUUGGGUGUCUGCAUUUCCAGUUUAGCAUAACUGCUCUUUUGCGUAGUAAAGGGACAAAUCCAUGUUCAAAGUUUGAUCUUCUAGGACAUGGCACAUGGCAAGGUCUCAGUUCGCUUGAUUCUUUCAAGAACAAUUGCGAUAGACUCACCUGUCAACGUAACUUUGGAAUUUCAUCGCAACACUUGACUCGUGUCCAAGCACUGGUUGUUUGGUGCAAUCAUCCUCAAAAUGCCGAUUUUCCUCGUUAUUACCCUAAAAAGGAGAAGAAACCAUUUCCCAUACCCAUAGUUGAGUUACGGCGAGCUGCCAGGGAGAGGCUGAAGAAUAGGAAGAACCAACCAAGAGGUAUUCCGCCUCCAAAGAGAGGUUUGGUGGUUGAAAGACUAAUUCCUGUUGCAUACAAGGUGUUGAAUGCGAGAAUAACAUUAAUCAACAAUCUCAAGAAGCUCUUGAAAGUGAUGCCUGUCAAUGCCUGCAAGUGGUGUAGUGAAAUUCAUGUGGGUCCUGUUGGCCACCCUUUCAAAUCAUGUAGAGGGCCACAAGCUUCAAUUCGUAAGGGGGCUCAUGAAUGGGUUGAAGCAGUUGUUGAGGACAUGCUAGUACCAAUUGAGGCCUAUCACUUGUAUGAUCGUCUUGGGAAGCGAAUUUCUCAUGAGGAGAGAUUUUCCGUCCCAAGAAUUCCAGCAGUUCUUGAGCUCUGCAUUCAGGCAGGAGUUGACCUGCCUGAAUAUCCUACCAAAAGGAGGAGAAAACCAGUCAUACGCAUUGGGAGAAAAGAGUUUAUUGAUGCUGAUGAAAGUGAACUUCCAGACCCCGAUCCAGAUGCUCCAAAACCUGAAAUAUUAGCUGAAAUACUGGACUCUGAAAUUGUACCACCAUCCAGCGAAGAAGAUACGGCAUUACUUGCUGAGGAGACGCUCGAGAUGUGGGAAGAGAUGAGGGAAGGAGCCAAGAGGCUGAUGAAGAUGUACCCUGUAAGGGUUUGUGGUUAUUGUCCUGAGGUGCAUGUUGGCCCAACUGGACACAAAGCUCAGAACUGUGGGGCUCAUAAGCACCAGCAGCGGAAUGGGCAACAUGGAUGGCAAUCAGCAGUUCUUGAUGACUUGAUUCCACCUAAAUUUGUCUGGCAUGUACCUGAUGUUAAUAAGCCUCUGGAGAGGGAGCUGAGGAACUUCUAUGGCCAGGCCCCAGCAGUGGUAGAAUUAUGUGUACAGGCUGGUACUGCUGUGCCUGAGAAGUACAAACCAACUAUGAGGUUGGAUGUGGGAAUUCCUAAAGAUGUUAGAGAAGCCGAAAUGGUUGUCUGAAGGUUCUUUUCCUCCUGAAUAGCAGCUGUGUUGGCCAUCAAUCAUCAGGUUAUAAAUGGAUUAAACAAAUCUCACAAUGAAAUUUGUAUGCAAGAAGUUUCUUUAAAUAAAAUGUUAUCUAUUGCACAUGCAUAUUCAAUUCCCAGGACUGAGUAUUGAUGAUUGGGGCUUGACUACAGUGAUCUUCAAGCAGCACCUGAUAAUAUAUCUUUCUUUCCAAGUCAUAUGUUGAGAAUGUUGAGGAGCAACAUUCUACAUGUCAUCCCGCCGAAAAUGGAAAGGGUUUUUGCAUUCAGGAGAAGUUUAUGAAGAAAGGGAAUGAAACUUCGGUCUCUCCAGGUCAGCUAUAUUGUAUAUAACCUUGUCUUAGUCCCUGAGAGGAAGGAGUUAGAGUACUGUGGUAAAUUGCUAAUUUAUGAAGUAGAUUACUAUUCUCAAUGUAGCUUAUGAGGUUGAA